CCACCUCCAAACACAAACACCCUGUUCCUCUCCUUUACUUUGCCGUGAAAGCAAAGUUAGAAAGAGAAAGAGAGUGUGAAAGAGAAAGAAUUUACUAGUACUAUAGAGAGAAAGAGAGAGAGGCAGUUAUGCGUUUUGUUUUAUAUUCAUAAGAUCAAAUAGAAAAUAUAUAUUAUUGUUUUUUAUAUGUUGUCGCUAGUGCUAUUUUGCCAUUAUUCUAAUGCGUGUUUACCUUACCUUUCCCUUCUCUUCUUUUCUCGCGCCCAUUGGAAAAAAAACUGUAAACCUUCUUCUUAAUCUUCCCUUUUCCUUUUGAGAAUUACAACCCAACACGCAAAAAUGAAAAAAAACCCAUGUAGUAUUUUGCAUGUUCAUAUGAUAAAUCUCUCUGUUUUUUGAAAAUUCUUGCUCUGUUUCUGUAUCUCUCUCUUUUUUUUUUUUUGUUUUUUUUUGGUGGCUUGGUUUGGUUAAAAAAAGAAUGAGCUGGAGGAGAGUAUUGAAGUCUGUACAGGGUGUAGCUGCUCACACCCUUCUCCUUUGCUUCACGCUAUUGCUGGUUCUCAAGCUCGAUCAUGUCGUCUCCUACUCCUGGUGGUUUGUUUUUUUCCCGCUUUGGAUAUUUCAUGCAGUUGUUGCCCGCGGAAGAUUCUCACUACCUGCUCCAUCAGUUCCACAUAAUCGUCAUUGGGCACCGUGCCAUGCCAUUGUUGCAACACCGCUGCUUGUUGCAUUUGAGUUGCUCCUUUGUAUAUAUCUUGAGAGUGUUUAUGUUCUUGGUUCUGAAGCUGUAAACUUGAAGAUAGUCUUUCUUCCAUUAUUGGCACUUGAAAUAAUUACUUUAAUUGACAAUUUCAGAAUGUGCAGGGCUCUGAUGCCUGGAGAUGAAGAAAGCAUGAGUGAUGAGGCUAUAUGGGAGACGCUUCCUCACUUUUGGGUUGCAAUCUCCAUGGUCUUCUUUGCGGCUGCUACAGUCUUUACCCUCCUAAAACUGUGUGGUGAUGUAGGUGCUCUUGGCUGGUGGGACUUGUUUAUAAAUUUUGGUAUUGCGGAAUGCUUUGCAUUUCUUGUUUGUACAAAGUGGUCUAAUCCGGUGAUUCAUAGAAACUCUCCUACAAGGGAAGCUAGUUCAUCUUCUACAACUAUUAGAUAUCUUGACUGGAAUAGUGGCUUAGUAGUUUCUCCAGAGGAGGAUCUGCAGGAAGAAAGAAUGUGCGGUUUGCAAGACAUUGGUGGCCAUAUCAUGAAAAUUCCAGUAAUUGGUUUUCAAAUCCUUCUUUGUAUGCGCUUAGAGGGAACACCUGCUAGUGCUAAGGAUAUACCACUGCCACUUCUUUUUGCACCUCUUUUCCUACUUCAAGGCGCUGGUGUACUACUUGCUACCUCUAGAUUGGUGGAGAAAAUUGUACUGUUACUUCAUAGUGGAACUGGCACAGGAUCAUAUUUUAGAUUUUCUGCAAGAGCUCAUGACUGCUUGGCGUACUUGCACCAUGGUUCCAGGCUACUGGGUUGGUGGUCCAUUGAUGAAGGAAGUCGAGAAGAACAAGCCCGACUAUUCCAUCAGGGAGCUUCAGGGUAUAACACUUUUAGCGGUUAUCCUCCUGAGAUUGUGAAGAAAAUGCCUAAAAAGGAUCUUGCUGAGGAGGUUUGGAGACUGCAAGCAGCUCUGGGUGAGCAGACAGAAAUCACAAAAUACAGCCAACAGGAGUAUGAAAGGCUUCAAAAUGAAAAAGUUUUAUGUAGGGUUUGCUUUGAGAGAGAGAUUUGCGUGGUCCUGCUUCCAUGUAGGCAUCGUAUCCUUUGCAGUACAUGCUGUGAGAAGUGUAAAAAAUGCCCAAUUUGCCGUGUCAUUAUUGAGGAGCGCUUACCUGUAUAUGAUGUUUAGUUUUAACUUGCCCUCCUUUUUUUUUUUUCUUCCAAGUGCACAAAUUGGAGCCCAUAGAGGUAAAAAACAAUGAUGGGAGAAUGCUACAGUUUCAACUUUUUAUCGGAACUUCUACAAUACUGAGUGUUGCUUGUUCAAAUUAACAUAACAAAGGUUAGGUAAUACAGGAAUUGAAGUUGCUAUAACUAUAUCAACUUUGGGCAGUUGUUUUUCAAAAAAUUUUCCCUCCUUUUAAAUUGUAAAUAUACCGUACUUUUAUAAUGGGAAAUCACAGGAAUAGCAUGUUGGAAUUUCUUGGCAUGCUGUGUGACA